AAUGUACAGCGGAAUUACCCUUGAAAACUGUCAUGUUUACGAUGGAAGCGAUCGGCUGUUUUUGUUGACAGCACCAACUUCUUCCCUGUUGUACAGCAGCUGUUGCCACAACCUGAUUCGCCAAACUUCGCCUACGGAAGUUUUCGUUUCUUUGCCUUCUCAAAGUAAGGAAGACACUGCUACGCACUCUGAAAAUAAGAGGUUUUCGUUCAAGUUUCCUGGCUGAUAUCAAAAUGGGUAACAAGCUGACGAAGUCACGAAAGAAGAUCGAUAAACCGACACCUGCCGUAUAUCCUAAUCAACCGGUGCGGCCGUUGAGGAGAUCAGUCGAGGGAAAUACAAGCGUUGUAUACUCUAAUUUUCCCCGAAUCGUUGCUGAGUUGCAUCAUUAUCGGGGUUCUGUAAGAAACCUAGAAGACGAAGAUGAAGAAGAUGAACAACCUAGAAGGUUUCACGAAGAGGUUCACUGUUGUGUUUUUUCGCCAGACGACGAAGCUCUGCUUUUGACGUCAACUACACCGAUUCCUUGUGGACCGUUUACCCCUGAUAUCGGAUGUGGCCAUUUAAGAGAAUUUGACAUCAACUCAGGGUCCUGCAAAAGGGAACUCCUCACUUACCACUCGCAAGAGUGUGACAUCUCAUCCGACGGCAAUCUUGUAUCUUUCAUUACUAAUUCUGGACAAGGAGAAGUCGCGCUUGUCAAACGAAACCGAAGUUCUUAUGCUGAAAUUGCAGAGCGAGUGGAUAAAUUUCAACCUUGUUGCAAUGGAAUGACUGGUCAAACACUUUGCUGUAAGUUUUCACCAGAUGCUCGUCACAUUGUUAGCGCUGCUUCUCUUGAUUUUCACAGUAUGAGGGAGACCAACGAGUUGCGAUUGUGGAACGUGAAGUCCAUGCAGAUCGAGGCGAGAGUUGUUUUACGCGAUAUAACAGACUUCUGUGGCUUCGUUACCCGUUGUGAAUUUUCUCCGGAUGGUCAGUACCUCGCUGUCUCGACUUCCAAAGAACAACUGUGUAUCUUACGCAGCAAAAAUCUGGAUGUCGUGACCGUUUUAAGGAGAAGAUGCCGAGGAAAUGUGUGCUGGAGUAUUUUUAAUCCUGCGUGGAGAUUCGAGGUGCUUGCGUGUUGUAUGCAGGACGGUCGCGUGGAAAUCUGGAACAAGGUUGAAGUUCAUUCAAGUGCCCAUGCUGGAGAACUGCGCUAUGCGCGGGAGAAAGAACGUAAAGUAUCAUUUUCCCGACUGUUGCACUGCUGUCAGUAUUCUCCUGACGGGAAGAUGAUUGCUGUUGGAACGUCAGAUGCCAAUAUUAUUAUGCUUGGGGCUGAAACUCUGGAUUCACUGUUUUUAUUAGAAUGCAUAAAAGAACCUAGCCCUUUUGGUCUCAGGAUUCAAAAUACCAUUGUUUACUCCAUUGCUUUUUCUAAAUCCCAACAGUAUGUAGCAGCUGGUUACAGUGAUAGUAUGGUUCGAGUUUGGGCCAUGCCCAUGAGAUUUGACUUGCAACAUUUGUGCAGAGUGGUGAUCUUGCACAGUGUGCCAGGAAAUAAAAUCAAUUCACUUCCAGUACCCAAUGGUAUCAAAAAUUACCUCUUAAACAAUUACAAAUGAAUGAUAGUCAACUAAACAGGUUAAGGACUGAAAUUACUCUAUAAUUAGUGUUACGACUAGAGAAUUCAGGCUACAAUGUGAUAUUCAAAUAGAAUCAUUUUAGUUGAUUUGAAGAAAGACGAACAGUCACCUUAGAUGCAAUCU